UCGGCCGUCGCGGCCGGGAGGGAAGCGUUGACAGUGCUGCGGAGGCUGGCUGGGGUCGCGGCCGCGGCAAGUGACAUCGUUUUCCAAUCUGUCCGCGUCCGCAGCCGCCCGACACGGAGCCAGGAUGUUCGGGAUGCUGAGCAGCAGCUUUGAGGAUGAUCCCUUCUUCUCUGAUUCUUUUAUUGCACACCGAGAAAGUAUGCGACAGAUGAUGAGAAAUUUCUCUGAACCUUUCGGAAGAGACUUGUUCGGCAUCACUGAUGGUAGAGGAAGAGCUCGUAAUCAUACGGGACAUGAGGAUGGUGAAAAUUCCUUGACUGCAAUGCGUUCCCUUGUGCCUUUUGGCAGUUUUGGUGGUAUGCGUCCAGAUGUCAACCCUUUUCAGGCAAUGGACCGAAUGAUGUUAAAUAUGCGAAACAGUAUGCAGGAAUUACAAAGAAACUUUGGUCAGCUUUCAAUGGAUCCAAAUGGGCAUUCGUUUAGCUCUUCCUCAGUUAUGACAUAUUCCAAAGUAGGGGAUGAACCGCCAAAGGUUUUCCAGGCCUCAACUCAAACCCGUAGGGCUCCAGGAGGAAUAAAGGAAACUAGGAGAUCACUGAGAGAUUCUGAAAGUGGAUUAGAAAAAAUGGCUGUUGGUCAUCAUCUCCAAGACCGAGCUCAUGUCAUUAAAAAGUCAAAGAACAACAGGACCGGAGACGAAGAGGUCAAUCAAGAGUUCAUCAAUAUGAAUGAAAGUGAUGCUCAUGCUUUUGAUGAGGAGUGGCAAAAUGAGAUUUUGAAGUACAAACCGGGGGGACACUGGCGCAAUCUAGAAAACUCUAGGAUGCGGAGCGUUGGUCACGAGAAUUCAGGAUCCCGAGAGCUUAAAAGAAGGGAGAAACUUCACCAAAGUCCAGCCAUUGAAUAUGGAAGAUCAAAUGCUUUUGUGGACAAACUCAACAUCAAAGGAUCACCUGUGAAAAUCAACAAAAAAUAAAUAGCAUUGCACUUGAUCUGUUUAGUUUCCAUAGUUUUAACAGAGAAAGUAAUGGUGCUGGGUGAUACACAUAAGACCAAUCUCUUGUUGUUGAAUUAAUACUGUAUUUAGCAACUUUCUUCUGAUGUCUGAAUGUUCUUGGAAGUGCUAGCUUUAUAUUGUCCCUACUUUAGGAAUAAAGCUUUGAUUUUCAACAAUGCAAGAAGCAUUAAACACUCUAUAUCAUUUUAAAACAUACUAAUUUUUAAAGCUCACAUGCUGAUUUUGCUUUCACAGUUAUUUUCCUGUUGCUAUGUAUCCUAUAUAUUCAAUAUUGAAUGUACAGCUAGUCUAUCAUGUAAAAUUAGUUAUAAGAAGUGAAAUGUUAGAAAAUUAUCUGUUUUUACUAACACUAUAAGAGUGAUGUUCAUAAAGGUGAAAGCUAGCUUAAAGAAUUUUUAAAAAUAAAGUGAAUCUAUACUAGUACUCUUACAAAAAAUUACUUUUAUAAAGAACACAAUAAUCAAAUAGUUCAUUUUCAAAGAGAUUUUAAAUUGCUAAUAUACAUGAAUUUUCUUCUUAUAAUUUCUUUUUACUGUGUAUUCUUUUUUUGUUCUGUGUUACAUUUUUAACAUUCAUCAGACUUUACAUUGACCUUUGUCUUUAACAUCUUAACGUAGAAUAUUUCUGUUCUCCUUUCCCACAGACAGCUUAAUCUAUCUCCCCGAUUAACAUUCUAAAGUUGGAGUGUCCUUGGAGAAACUCUGCUCAGCCUUUUUGUGACAUUUAGAAAAAUGCAUUUGGUAUUCUACAAACCUGAAUGAUUGAUUGUCUCAAAAUUUCUUAGACGGGUGAUGUGUGUGUUUGAGCAAGGUACUUAAUAAUUCAAUUGUUCUGUUUUUAAUUAUACUAUUUAAAGAUUCAGCUCUUGUUUUUUUUUCAUUCUAGAAUUCAAACAUUAAUCUGUUUUUAUAAAGUUAGGUUUGAAAUUUCUGAGAAUAUAAAAUCUUAACUCAAGUUUUUGUUGUUUCAAGGGGGAAAAAGAACAAAAUCCCGUUAUCACUCUAUAAUCCUAAUAUCUUUCUUUUUAAACUUUGGAAGUAGAAUUGGGUGAUUGUGCUUCUACUCUUCUAAUUUUCUGUAUCAUGUCCUAUUAAUUGUACCAGUCAGCAUUUCAUGCCUUUAACUAGUCACUACAAUAAGAUACAUAUGUGUCGAUUCAUUUUUAUAAUGGAAAAUAAUUGAGCAUGUAUUAGUUAAAGAUGUUAAAUUUUUCCUCUUAUGCAUAACUUAGCAUACUAAUAACAUACUAACAUAUUGGGAAGUUGUCAUAAAGGCAUACAUUUUAAAUAACACUUUUGCAUAAAUUCACUUGACAGAGAAAAAUCCCAGUAGACACUGUAAUUCUCCUUUUGCCUAAAUUAUUACACUGAUGGUAACUUGAGUCAUUAUAUUCAAAUAUGAAAACAUGAUUUAAUAAAUAAUUGUACUAAAGACAGUAUAACUUCUAUGUGUCAUAUAGCAGUUAGAGAAUUCAUAGAUACUUUUUUUCAUCCCAACUUGUUUACCAUAAAAAGCAAAUUAAAAUUGAAUUAAAUAUAUAUUUCUUCUUACGCCACAGUGCUUCCUAAGGGGCCACUUAUAAAAUAUGUGACGUGGAUUACAUGUCAAUUCUUUACAUUCACAUGAUGCUGAAAUUGGCUUUUUUCAGAAUUUAUUUUUAUCGUAAUUCUGAAGUCAACUUAACCAGUAUAAAAAAGAAGGCUCUCCGUGCUUUGUGGUUCACAUAUUAUUUUUUCUUUAUGGACUGCCACUGAUCUUUCUGGAACCCUGGGUCUCUGGGGAAUGUAAGGAUAUUAACAGUUCGGUGAAUUGUUAAAAAUGUUAAUAUUCUUACAUUAACAACAAUAAGGCCAAGUUGAAUACUUAGGCUCCUUGCUACUUUAGUGAUUUUCCUGGUGACUUUCAGUCUCAGUGAUAGGUUUUCAUUACUCUACCUUUAAGACUCCUUUAGCUUUUAGUGGCAGGAGCACGCUGGAAUCAGAUGGUCCCAGCCUGAGGCAAUGUGAUGGAGUUAGGAGGUGGGGCCGGGGAGGGGAUUGGGUUAUGAGGAUGGAGCCCUCAGAGCAGGAUGAAUGCCUUUGUAAAAGAGACCCCAGAGAGCUCCUGUGCACACGCAGUGAGAAGUUGGCUGCCUACGAACCAGAAAGUGGGACACAACAGACGCUGAAUCUCCUGGGGCCUGGAUCUUGGGCUUCCCAACCUCCAGAACUAUGUGAAAUAAAUUUCUAUUGUUUAGAAGUCACCCAGUCUGGUAUUUUUGCUAUAGCAGCCUGAAGGGACUGACAGUGGUCAGUUCGGAGAUCCUACUGAAGUUUGACCUAGACCUACCUCACUGCAGUGAAUUAGGACCCUCAAUUUGGUGUAAGUAUACAUAUCUGAGAAACCUUGAGGUCCCUCUGUCCCUUACUACAUGGAUUUUGCAGUAACUCUGCAUUGUGAUGAUCUCUUUGGUCCCAGUGUCAUUCUUAUUAUUGUCUCCCAAAGUAACCAACCACCUGACAAAACUUCAGGAAGAGAGCCUCUCUGUAAUUUGUCUAAAGAGACCACUUCGUUUAUGUAGAAGUCUGCCCAUCUUUUAUUUCCAUACUUCAGCGCUUUUUAACUGUAUGGCUUAUAUUUGAACUUUCUUCUCUCCUUGAAGAGGGAAGGUAAUUAGACUAUUACAGGGAUACUUUCAUGUUUGUAUUACUAAAUUAAAGAAUGAGGCCAUUAGACUGAGACAGCUUUAAUGCCUUAGUAGCUCAUGCAAGCAAACCAAAACCUAAGCCUGCAAUGCCUCUAGGUUAAAAACAGCCAACCCGGCGUUCCCACAGCAGGCAGCCCUAGCCGAUCAGCUAAUCCCCUUGCUUUCCCUCUGCCUCUUCCCUCUGAGUCUCUUCCCAGCCCCACUUGGUGGAGCGCUCCUUCUUCCUGUUUGGUGCUGCUGAUUCAAAUUGAGUUUUGCUCAAACUCAAGAUUUUCAAUGUCUCAGUUUAUCUUUUAAGCUGGUAUAAAGCUGGCUCUAGCUCUCCUUCUUGCUUUUUCCUCUCCCCAUCUUCUCCUCCUACUUGACACAUUUUAAAGACGAAUUUCAGAAAACAAUUAUUUAUAUGAAAUAUGUGUCACUAGGAAUAUCUAGUCCAAAAAAACCCAUAGUCCAAAAUGUCUUAAGAGGAAAAAAUCAAUAAACCAUUUGUAUUGCUUUUGCAUGGGAUGUGGACAAGUGAAUUUAAAUAAUAGCCUCUGUUAUGAUUAUGAGACUAAAGCUUUCUAGUCACUGUUUUGGGAAAGAUCCCAAGUAUGCUCCUUACUUGCAGCAAGUAAUAAAUCUUUCCCUCUCUGGAAAAUAAAAUAAAAUAAAAGUUUCAAAACAAAA